AUGCAAUAUGAGAAUACCAAACAUCAUCAACAACAACAACAGCCAUCACCAAAGCUUAUUCAAACAUUAGGUCCUAUGAAUCUUUUAUCACCAACAAAUAUUCAACUUCCUAAUAUCUCACCAAGUUCAUUUGAAAUCACCCUGCAAUCAACUUCACAAUCACCAUUCCAUUCCAGUAUAAUUUCACCACAUUAUCCUCCUUAUGAAGCUGAUUUAUACUAUCCAUUACGCAAUCCGCGUCAACAACAACAUAGUCAACAACAAAGACAGACACUGUUACAAAGACCACAACGACAGAGACAAUCAUCAUUAACAUCAGGAUUCAAUCGUCGUGAUGCAUUUUAUGAAUUUGCUGAAGAUAGAUAUAAUAGAUUUCGUCCACUGGAUUCUCAACAUAAUAAUAAUGCUAUAUUAUCUGGUUUACAUCCAUUUCAACAAGAUAAUUAUGGAUUACCUAAAAAAACUUUUUUACAAUCAGUUUCUAAUUGGUUUAAAUUGAAAAAACCCGAAUCACAAAUCAUUGAAAAUAAUGGACUUAUUCAAAAUUCUUCUAAUAAAUCUACCGAUACAAAUACAAAUACAAAUACCAACACUAUUGAAACUGGCACAGUAAUAGGAACAGGAACAAUUAUUAGUGGUAGUGGUGGUGAUGAUGGUAGAGAAGUGUCAAUUAAUCAAAAUGAACCAUAUGAUGCUACACCACAACCAAUAUAUACACCAAGAGGAAUUCCUAUAAAUGAAUUUCAAUUGAAUUUUAAUAAUAAGGAAAAUCAAGAUUCAAUAGUUAGACGUAAUGAUGAAAUCAUUAAUUCAUUUGAUGAUGAAGUUAGAGAUUUAUUAAAUGGUGCUGAUAAUUUUUUAACUAGUUGUUUUCAAGGAUGUUGGGAUAUAGGGAAAAUCGUCAGUGAUUCUUUCGUUGAGUUAUGUUAA